AUGGUUGUGGGUACAAAAUACCCACAGCUAUCCCAAAUCACCCAACAUGAGAAGAAGUAUGAGAGUGGAGUGUCAGAGGUUAACAUCCCUAAAACCCGCCAGACUUUCUGUAAGAAGUGUGGCAAGCACCAACCCCAUAAAGUGACACAGUACAAGAAGGGCAAGGAUUCUCUGUAUGCCCAGGGAAAGCGGCGUUAUGACAGGAAGCAGAGUGGCUAUGGUGGGCAAACUAAGCCGAUUUUCCGGAAAAAGGCUAAAACUACAAAGAAGAUUGUGCUAAGGCUUGAGUGUGUUGAGCCCAACUGCAGAUCUAAGAGAAUGCUGGCUAUUAAAAGAUGCAAGCAUUUUGAACUGGGAGGAGAUAAGAAGAGAAAGGGCCAAGUGAUCCAGUUCUAAGGGUCAUCUUUUAUUAUGACGACAAUAAAAUCUUGAGUUUAUGUUCAAAAAAAC